AUGAGCAGCAAAUCUCUGGUCUGUCCCAACAGUGAUGAUGAUCAGGCUGACUGUAAGGUUGUAACAGAACAGGUACCUUUGACGCAGGUUAUCCUGCCUAAAGCAAAGUCUGAGGGUAAUAUAGGCUUGGCAGGUCCGAUUAAACGCUUAGCUAACGAACAAAAUGGAAACAAGACAUCUUUCCGGCACUCUGGCUAUCAAUUCUUUGAUAAUUUCAGUGACUCCGAGAACGAAUCUACUGUUCUGUCAGACAUCCAGGAACCAGUUAUAACAGAAGAUCAAGAAGUGGAGCCUGAAAAUACUCAAGCCAUCAGUGUGUUCUACUCUAUUUUAAUCCUAGUGGUAAAUGUAGGGUUCAUCUUAGCCGCUACUUUUGUCUUCAUGAUCGUCGAAAACAGGGGGGAGACGAAAAGGAACGCUGAAGCGUACGAAACACUUCAACAUUUUGAAGGACAUAUAGACAAUGCAACCAACAUCCUUGCAGAGUUGCUGACACUGCAGCAGCAGAUGUGCAGAAAGAAUAACGACAGAGUGGGUAAUGAUUGGGUGUUCUGGGGCUCAUUCCAGUUCUGUAACACCGUCAUAACAACUCUUGGAUACGGUCUAGUGUACCCUCACACAGCAAUAGCAAAGUACAUCACCAUGGUGUACGGUCUAUUUGGCAUACCUAUAUAUCUCUGCUACAUCGCCUACUUUACGGAUUAUGUGCUGCUAGGGUUGGAUGCUAUCAGGUGCUGCAUACAGCGCUGGACACACUGGAAUUGGAUGGUAAAAUCUCAAAUCCGAAUAGCUCUCAUGCGAUCUCUGUUCGCCACAAUUUGUCUUUUUAUUUACAUCGCGGUACACUUGUGGGUAGUAUACCCUGCCGAGAGGGACUGGGAGGAGCCCCACAUGAAGAGAUCACUAAUGCAAAUGUUCUAUUGGCAGACGAUAAGGUUUACGACUAUUGGUUUCGGUGAUAUUGUGGUGCUGUUGGGACAUGAGAUCCCCAAGCUGAUGUCCUCUACUUUACUGGGGCUUCCACUUGGGAUUUGCUGCAUGAACGUUUACUUUUCAGCCAUCAGGAGCAUGUCUGGCACAAAGAUGUUCCAAAACUCUACAGUUUACGAAAAGUUGAGGUCUUGUUGCGGCAGAAAACAACAGUGA